AUGCCGCCCUCUUUGCCAGGCACAACCAUUCUGGUGGACAGCAACCAAGGAUCCCCCAGUCCCGAGGAUCUUUCAGAGUUUCUGGAUGAAAGCACUCGCCAUAAUGUGGAUGGGAGCAAGGUGGAUCCCAACAUACAAGUAAAAGAAGUGAAUGGAAAGAAGGAAGACAAGGCGGUCUUUUGCCUUCGCUUGGUGGUGAUCUUGACCUUGAGGCAAGUUCCCAGAGGCCUUUCCAAUGCCUACAAACGCAGUCAUAUCUUCCUUGAACUUGGAGUGUGGUAG